AUGGAGGUUUUUCUUCCUCAGUCUUACUGUGAUUUCGAUUUUGCAGCCAUGCCCCAAAAACUUCAAGAGACAUUUUUAAGAUUGCCUCUUCUGGUUGAGUUUUGGCACAAAGAUAGACUUGCCAAGGAUCUUCUGCUUGGAGUGGCAAGACUUCAGCUGUCAAAUGUUUUGACCUCAGAAAAGACUCGUUUUUUAGGGCCUCAUGGGAACCAUUGUUGGAGACAAACAUUUAUUGAAGUGGCUCCUGUAAUGUCUGUGGAAGGAUCAAAAGGCAAAGUAGCUGAUCUUUCAUACACCAUAACGUUAGCAGAUUAUGGGCUUGUGAAGGUACGAGAGGUGGUAGUUUCAGAGUCAUCUCAGGUAUUGAGCUCAGCUGUUCAGAAUCCUCCUCCUGCUCCUCCAGUACAGCCUCCACCAGAACAUGCAGUUGAACCCCGUGAGACUCUUGAGUACAAAGCUGUUUUGCAGCUGGAAGCAUGGAAAGAAACCCAAGAAGAAAUAUUUUCUAGCCAGUUGAAGAAGAAAGAGUUGGCUCACCUACAAGAUCUAGCUGAACAGUGGAAUCGGAGAGACAAAGAAAGGGAAGCAAUAGUGAAGAAAAAGGUUGCUGAAUGCACAGCUCUGCAAGAGCAAUUACAAAAAACCCUGGCAGAUGUAGAAAAGAGAGAGCGUCAGCUUGCCAGUGAUGAAAUUGAGUUUAACAAAGCAAGAGCAGAACUUCAGCUAGAGCGUGAACGGAGCAUUCAGGAAAGGCAGGACUCAAUCAGGCGAGUCCGUGACGAUUGUCAUCAUCAAAUAGAGCUGGAGAAGUUAAAGACAAAACAGCUGGAAGAGGACAAACUCAGAUUGCAGCAACAGCUUCAAGAGGCAGAACAUAAGUUUAAAUUACUGGACAAGGAGUUUCAUCAGUACAAAGAGCAACAAAGCAGUAAACCAGAAAUCCGAUUGCAGUCUGAGAUCAAUCUUCUCACACUAGAAAAGGUUGAACUUGAAAGAAAAUUAGAAUCCACAACAAAGUCCAAACUCCACUAUAAACAGCAAUGGGGAAGAGCCUUGAAGGAACUAGCUAGGAUAAAACAGCGGGAGCAAGAGAAUGCUAUGGCACGUUUAAAGAAGCAGCAAGAAGAACUGGAGCAAAUGAGGCUGCGUUAUCUGGCAGCAGAAGAGAAGGACAUAGUGAAGAAUGAUCGCCUGGAGCUAGAGGAGAUCAGGAAUGAACUAAAUAGGUUAAGACUACAAGAAGACAGAAGGCAAGCCCCUGAUAGUCAAAACACUGCUGAUCAGAGACUGGCUGGUUCAGGGUCCCACAAACAGGAUGAAGGUUUGGAUGACUUCCUAUCUCGACUAAUUGAAGAGCGGGACACCUUGUUAAGGACGGGAGUGUAUACUCAUGAGGACCGAAUCAUUAGUGAACUAGAUCGUCAGAUCAGAGAAACCAUGGCAAAAAGGAGCAUUAGAUAG